AUGGGAGAAGAAGAGAUGUGUGACACAACGCUCGGCUUGGGGAUAGGGAAAGGGGGGUACAAGGAGGGAAAAGGAAGGCGUUGUGAGGCUGAUCCGACGGUCAGGCUUCAUCUCUGGUUCCCUAGUUGUCCGAAGAAGGAAAUAGAAGAAGAAGUGGAAGAGGAGAGGAAGCAGAGAUUAACAAAGAGUAAAAGCGAGGAUGAUGAUGAUAACAAGUUGCAUGGAGCGAGGAAGAAGCUCCGUUUGAAUCCGGAGCAAUCUAGCAUGCUCGAGGAAAGCUUUCGAGCUCAUAACACUCUUACAUCUCUUCAGAAAGAAGAGCUGGCUCAGAAGCUUGGUCUUUUUCCCCGGCAAGUCGAAGUCUGGUUCCAAAACAGGAGGGCUAGAACUAAGCUGAAGCAAACAGAAGUGGACUGCGAGGUACUGAGGACCUGGUGUGAGAAUCUAAGGGAUGAGAACAGGAGGCUGAGAAUGGAGUUACAGGAGCUCAGGUUCUAUACUGAGGUGUCCAAAGUUGAAGAAACAAGAGUUUGUUCAUCAUGCGAGGAGCUUAUGUCUGUGGAGGAGAAGGGAGGAGGCUUUGUUCUGGGGAAGAAGAGGGCUAGGGUUCUUCAGCUUUGCAAUUAG